UCCCAGCCAGCAUCCGCCGUCCGCUCCCGUUACAUUCCUCAUCUUUCAGAGCGUGGAUCAGUUUUCCUGAGCGCUGACAGCCGGCUGCUUCGUCACACCAGCAGACACAAUGGUGAGAUAACGUCCCCUCUGAAGCUUCACGCUGUCGUCCAGAUUUCGCCUUCUGCCGUCUGUUAAUGCUGUUCCUGCUUUCAUUCCAGGCAAAGUUCCUGACUCAGGAUCAGAUUAACGAGUUUAAGGAGUGUUUCUCGCUGUACGACCGCCAGCGGAAAGGCAAGAUCGAAACCAAGGAGCUGAUAACAGUGAUGCGAUGCCUGGGGUCGAGCCCCACCCCCUCCGAGGUCCAGCGCCACCUCCUGAGCCACAACAUGGACCGGGAAGGAGAGCUGGACUUCUCCACCUUCCUGAGCAUCAUGCACCGGCAGCUCCAGCAGGAGGCGCCAGAGCAGGAGAUUUUGGAGGCCAUGAGGAUGGCUGACAAGGAGCAGAAAGGCUUCAUCCUGGCCUCUGAGCUGCGAGCCAAACUCACUGGGCUGGGAGAGAAACUGACAGACAGAGAGGUGGACGAGCUGCUGCAGGAGGCGGGUGUUGGAGCAGAUGGGCGGGUCCACUGCGAGCAGUUCGCUAAAGCGGCGACGCGCUGCCACACAAAGCACUGACAUCACAACUGACAUCAUCGCUGCUGUCGAAAACAACGACACUGUGCUCAAGCGUCUCCACGUAGUUAAUGUAGAUAAACUCAGACGUUUGGAGGCAGGUCCGUCUUUCACUGCAGGUGCAAACAUUGCAUGUGACAAAUAAAAGGCUUGACUGGUGAGAAGGAAUAUUUGCAGCUGGAAGGAGCCUUUCCUUAUUUUUAUUACAAGAGAAACAAAACAAAGGGACCAUCUGACGUACAACACACAGUAAAAAUAAAACCUUUUGUUCAGAACAUACUGCCUCUUUUGAUUAUUGUUGAUAUACUUCAAGCUUUACUUUAACUUUACAUGAACUGGCAGCCAAGUGUCUCAUCGUAGAGACCAUCAUCAUCAUCAUCAUCAUCAUCUCAGGUCACUGUGUUUGCACAAACUGACAUCAGUCAGAGGAGAGUCCGUCUGUGUUCCCUCACUCGGGGUGUUCCUGCUCUUACACAGGAACGGAGCAGGAACUGGGAUGGGAUGGUAAAAC